UUGUUCGCGGCCGGACGAGGAUCACAAGCAACAAGAAAAUUUCCCGUGCGUGAGCCGCGUGCGCGCAAGCUUUCCGUCUCUCUUUCGCUCCCAUUUGAGCAGUGCGCGCGCGAGAAAGGGACCGUCCCAGGCAGGCAGUGGUGCAGCAAAAGGAAUUUUCACAGGGGAAAAUUAGGAUUUUCCACUCCCUCGAGGGCUCCGCGGAUUCUACCCGACUUUCGACCAAUGCGAAAUUGCGUAGCGAAUCGACUUGUUAGAGUAGAAAUUAGUGGAAAAAGUGUGAUUUUGCGUUUUCCUUGCUGGGAAAGUGUGUGUUUUGUGGCGGUGUGAAAAAAGUAGAAGAAAAAGGUCAAGAAAAUUUUCCCAGCGAAAAUUACUCAAAUGUUGAACAAAGGUAGCAAAAAUAGCUGAAGCCAACGGCACGCUAAGCCCAUCGUUUUCCCAAGAGAGGGGAGAGUGCGGUGAAUCACGUCGAGAAUUUUUCGUCGCCGAAGAACUUAGGGGUGAGAAAUCGAUUUAGCCAUAAUUGAAGAAGAAGAACACCCCUUCAGGUGUGGUAAUCCGUGAAUCGUCGUCUCAGGUUUAAAUAUAACCAGUGCCACGAAAACGGCUAACCAGAGCUCGGUUGUGGAAGGGUUUCAUGGUCAUCGAGAGAGGUGUCAACACGACUCCCCAAAAAGAAAAAAAAGAAGAGAGAAUAAUUAUGUCAAUCUAAAUUGGCGAAAAUUGAAGCAGCAUACCUUCAAGUGGAUGAAAAUCGUCGAUUUGAAAAAUUUCCUUUUUUUCAUUCGCAACUGCCAGUCUUUUUUUGCGUUCGAGGCUAUUUUUAAAUCAUAGCAUCUACAGUAGUGGCAUCUGCAGAAGCGGCGCGGCAACAACGGCGACGACGACGACGCUUCUGGCUGACUGACUGACGUCGCGACGUCGUCCAAGACCAGGCUCCGUCGACGGCGACGGCUCAACUUUCUGUUGGGAAACGAGGAAAACGUGCAUAAAAGUUUAAGAAGAUCUAGCGAUUAUUGUUGUUACGCAAUCUGUGGCCGUUGCCGCGGAGUCCAACACCCCCUGUUGUUGGCUUUGGGAAAACCGGACGGAAAAACAGUGAAAAGUGCCUGCUCGCACGUUCCGGCAGUUAUGAAUUAUGUGUGGAGCGCCAAUAAAGUAUCCAAUCAACUUGUUUGAGUGGUCUGUGUAGUGUAGAGGGAAAGAAAGAAUAUUUAGGAAAAGUGCGAGAUUUGGAAAGAAAAAUAAACAACUUACACACAGAGAGCGAGAGAGCGAAGAGUUGCAAAACUGUUGCACGGUACGCGGCGGAAAUAGUCAAUGAAUUUAAGGCAGUUUUGACGAGCGAUAGAGAAUGUUGAUUUUAGAACGUGUGCGAAUUUGAUACAUUUCAAAAUUUUGGAUUGAAGGAUCACCACGGUACCUGCCUCUAAAACCCCGCCCACACCAUGUCGCACAUGUUCCCCAGCGCCAAAGGCGACCAGCUGUGCCCACUCGGGUUCCACCCGCAGGUUCGCUGGCCGACGCGUUGCAAGCGGUGCUUCCGCGACUACAAGGAGCACGGCAACAAGCGCAACGGCGAGGACAUUACCGCUUCCACGCCCGUCCUAGCUGGCUCGUCCCAAUCGCGCAGUCGCGAUGGCGGUAGCAGCUCCAGCUUGGACAAACCAGUGCGAAGCUGGACCUCCACGCACAACCUGUUCCUGUCGAAUAACGGCGUUGGAAACAGCGGGAUGGGAGGCGACCGACCGCCGGGCAUUCCCCAGCGACCGGCCUCGUGGGCCUCGACGCCCGAUCUGGACAAUAUCCUGCAGACGGUGAAGGCGGACUUCACCUUGACGCUGCCUCGGCGAAGGCAUACUGCUACAUUCGACAAUAUGGAAGAACCAGAGACAACAAUCACCAUCAAAAGACCGCCGUUGCCACCGAUCCUGAAGGUGGAACCGAAAAAAGAUGACAGCAGAAAGGAGCUCGAGAAAGCCGAAGACCAGGGCGUCGUGAUAGAAAAGAGCGAUUCGCUCGCGGAACGUGUCCGCAAGAUGAACCUGAUCAAGCGACAAGGAAGUACCGAGCGGGACAGUCGGGAACGAUCGGUACCAUUCAAGGAGGAAGAGGAGCCGCCAGCAGUGAAGGUGAUACCUAAACCUGUUAAAGAACCAGAGCCAGAGAAGGUGGAGCGAAAGCGCCGUGUCAAACCCAUUCCAGAAUCAGUGCCGGAAGAACCUCCCAGUAAACCGCAACUUUCGAUGAGCAAGACAACCAUCACAUCCUCAACGAAACCACUGACAAAGCUAGCACCACUGAAGGAAAAAGAAAGUGCAAAGCCGAGCGGAGAAGGUGCAAAGGACACUACAAAAAUCAUUCGACGGCGAAAGGUGGACACCGGUGCAUUCGAACCAUCCCCAAAGACCACUACGAUAGCCCCGUCGGUGGUGACCGCCGCUCCCGUACCUAAACCUGCACCGGAACCAGCGCCGAUCGCCAGCAGCAGUGACGAUGUCAAGUUCCUAUUUUCCAUCAAAGACAAAAAGUACGGCAAACUCGACGAAGAUCUGCACUCGAUCACCACGGAAACGACGGAGACGACCAUCGUCGAUCACACCGACAACCACGAACUGCAGGAGGAAAUCGAAAGUCUUCGGCGAGAACUGGAGACGGUAAAGGCACGCUGUGACCGAGCGGAACGUGAAAAGAGUGACAUCCUGUUGCGACGAUUGGCCUCGAUGGACACGGUCUCGAACAAGACUGCCGCAUCGGAAGCGCUGAAACUACAGCAGAAGGUCAACGAACAAAAGCAGCUGAUUGAGGAUCUCCAGGACGAGAAGAAGUUCUUGACCGCCAAGGUGAAGGAGAUCGAGUCCGACAUCAAGGUUCGAGGUGUAAAAAACGUCGAAGAACAGCUGCGACAAAAGCUGGAGCAAGCGGAAACACUCUGCGAAGAGUUGAUGGAUGAAAACGAGGAGAUCAAGCGAGAGAUGCGAACCAUGGAGGCGGAAAUCGAGGAAAUGCACGACAACUUCCGCGAGGAUCAAGCAGACGAGUACGCAUCCAUCAAGAAGGAGCUGGAUCAAACGACAAAGAACUGUCGAAUCUUGUCGUUCAAGCUGAAGAAAUCCGACAAGAAGAUCGAGCAGCUGGAAACGGAGAAAAAGGCGUUAGGGGCAAAUACCGAUUUGUCGCUCAAGGUGAAACAGCUGGAAGACGAACUCAAGGUUGCUAAUGAAGUGGCACGAAGACUGCAAGGGGAGCUAGAACAAGCCGAAUCUGCACCAAGCACUCCUACCAAGAAGACACCAGCGUUGGGAAAAAUAGGAAAAUCAACGUCGGCAGACAACAAACUGACCCGAGCAUCACUCACUCGCGGUGGUUCACAGGAAGAUCCGGUGCAGCUACUGCGCGAUCUUCAGGACUCGCUGGAACGUGAAGCCGACCUGCGGGAACAGCUCAAGUACGCCGAGGAGGAAGCCGAUAACCUGCGACGAAAGUCCUCCCGUGUCGAGGACGACAACGAGUCGCUCAUGAUGCAGCUCAAGAAGAUGGCAACGAAAGCGAAAACGAAAAGCUUUUUCAAUCCAGGUAGAAAGCUGAGUCCUAGCCCACCGAACCGGCGCCAGUCGCCGAUGGAAAAGGACGAAGGCAUCUCCGACGAGGACGAUCCGGCCGAGUUGCGGCUGCAGCUGGAGCUGAACGAGCAGGAAACUGCGGUACUGCGGCGCAAGAUCGGCGAGCUCGAAACGGAGAACAAACGAAGCCGGGAGCACGUGAAGGAGCUGCAGGAAAGUUUGAUUUCCAAGACGAAGGAGAUGGACCGACAGAGUAAGUUCCCGUCGCUGCUGGGUUCGAAGGGCAGCGCCAGCGGUUCCAAGGACUCGCUGGACGAGAAGAAGAUCAAGGUGCUGGAGGAGGAGAUGAGCGAGCUGCGGAAGAAGCUGAUCGAGAAGGAUCGCGAGUUUGAACGCGUGCAGGCGGAACUGAGUCUGAGCAAGACCAAGGGUGGAAAGAUUCUUUCGAAGGCAAACUCUCUGGACUCGCUAACCGAACAGCAGAUGCAGGAUCUGAAGAAACAGCUGCAGCAAACAGAGCAGGAGGCCAAUGUUCUGCGCCAGAAAACGCACACCCUGGAGCAGGAGAUCGACAAGCAAACGGCGGAGAUCAAGCAGCUGCAGCAGAAGAAGAUCGCGGGUAACGAGGCGGAAGCGAAGAAGCUUAACGCCACCAUCCAGGAGCUGCAAAAGGAAAAGACAGAACUCGAGGCAAGACUGAACCGGGUUACCAAGGAGGCUAGCGCGGGGAUGCCGUCGCGGACACCGAAGCUGCCCAACGAUAUGCACACGAAGCUACAGCUGAAGAAAAUGAUCGACGAGUGCGAGAGCGAAAUCAGCGAGCUCCGUGCGAUCGUGGGCAAGUCCGGAGCCCUGAACGCUUCCGCGCUCGAGAAGGACAAGAAAAAGCUGCAAACCGAGCUGGACGAAGCGAAGGAGCAACGAACCAAACUGGAGGCUGAAAUAAGAAAGCUGGCCGCACCGAAGGUAUCCGCAGAGCUGCAAGCGAUCAAAUUAAGCGAAGCCCAACGUACAGUUCAAAAGUUGGAGGAUGAAAAUAAAAAACAGAAUGACAAAAUUAAAGUUCUGGAAGAGAAGAUGGCAAAGGUUACUUCCACGAUGAAAUCGACCGAGUCCGGCAAGAAGGAGCUGGAGUCCGAACUGAAGUCGGAAAAGGAUCGGUAUUCCAGCUUGGAGAAAGAACUGGAUCAGUUGAGGAAGGAGAAAUCGGGCAUCGAGGGUAAGGUUUCCAAGCUGGAAGAUGAGAUACAGCAGGAGCGGAAUACAAUGGAGUCUGCGAAGGCCGCCUUGGAACGAGAGAUCGCCAGCCUGAAGAGACAUUCCGCUUCGGAUGAUCCAACGUCACUCAAGUUGCAGGAACUUAGCCAGAAGAACAAUGAAAUCAUGUCCAAACUUGAGGAGGAAACCCGCAAGUACCAGCAGCUCGUGUCCAAGCACGAACACCUGGAGGAAGACCACGUGAUGCUCAAGGCCCAGCUGGAGUCGAACAAGCAAAAGUUCCAGGAGCUGGACAGCCUCAAGAACAAACUCGUCCAAGCGGACAACAUCGAGGCUCGGCUGGUCAAGGAGAACACCAACCUGUCCCGCAAGCUGGUCGAGAUGCAAAAGAAGGUGGCCCAGCUCGAGACGAACGCCGAAAACCGCACCGCCGGGCUGGAACUCGAGCGGGACCGGCUGAAGAGUGCGCUCGAGGACAAGCAGCGCGAGUACGAGCACCUGAGCAGCGAGAACGAGAUGAACGCGUACCAGGUGGCACAGCUGAGGAAGGAUAGUGAAGAUCUCAGAAGUAAGCUGGACGACUACGAGAGGAUCAACAAGGCGCAGCGUACGCUUAGUGAGCACAACUCGCACCUGGAGCAGGAACUGAAGAAGAUGCAUUUGCAACUCGAGACGGCCGAGAUGAACGUCAAGUCCGAGGUGGCGGCCACGCGGCUCCGGUACGAGCAACAGGUUACGAACCUGCACAACGAGCUGACCGGAUUGCAGCGUCAGUGCGAGCGAUUCAAGCGCGAUCGCGACACCUUCAAGCAGCUGGUGGAAGCGGCCCAGAAGCAGAUCGGCGAUAUGAAGGCGAACCGGCGCAGUCUGGCUUCGGUGACGAGCACGAGCAGCGACGACGACGACAAGUCCAAGAUCGUGGCGCUCGAGCAGCAGAUUGGCUGUCUGGAGGAUGAACUGAGCGAAGCCCGGUUGGAGGCCAGUAAGGUACGGACGGAGUUGAUCUCGGAGCUGAGCGCGUCGGAGAUUAAGCUCUCGGAGAUGCAGUCCAAGAUCAACGAGCUGGAGGAGGAGAAGAUCAUCGCCGGAGGCAAGAGCAAGGUGCCGGGAACGAAGACCCGGCUGGAGCUGUCCUGGCAGAAGGAACGCGAAGACAUGCAGCGGUUGGUGCAGGAGACGUCCACGCUGGCCAGAGAUCUUCGCCAGACGCUGUUCGAAGUGGAGCGGGAACGUGACAAGGAGAAGCUGGAAUCGCGCCGCAAGAUUGACCAAAUCAAAAAGACAACCGAGGAGGAGAUCGAAGAGGGCCGCCGAAAGGUCACGGAACUCCAGAGCGAUCUGCUGGAGCUGCGGGACGCCCACGCCAAGCUGCGGACGGCCAACGAGAAGCUGCGACGUGACCGCGAGCGAGCCGACCGGGAACGAGAAAGUGCCACCCGGCGACGGAUCGAAAUGGAGAGCGACCGCCGAAUCGGUGCGCUGCUGCAGACGGUGGACGAACUGGUGAAGCUGGCGCCGGAAAUGCAAAAAGUAGCAGCCGGCCGGCAGGAAACGACGACAAGCACAGGAAAGACCAUUACCGCAAACGCACCCAUUCCAACGCCGCCGAUGCGUCACAAGAGUCCGUCGCCCGGUCCCGGAGGAGCCACGCCACAGCCGCAGUCGAUAACGUCAGUAUUAAGCCGACUGGCCGAGGCCUCCGAGGAGCUGCGACGCUUCCAGCGCAUGUGUGAUGAGGAAAAAGACAGGGAGCGCAUGAGACGGGGCGGAAUGAGAAGAGCGGCUUCCCAGGAGAACGAUUCCGUCGAGGGUCACUCGAGCCGACCGGUCAUGAGACUCAACCGAAACGGUGGCAGCUUGUACAAGAAGAGCUUGUCGUUGGAUCAAUCGCUCCAGGUUGAGCAACAAGGACAACUCAUCUGGAAGGAGGGUGACGACAGCAUGUCCUCGCUGCAGUCCCUCGACUCGGAGUACGGUGCCAUGAUGCACAACCGGGACUCCAGCUUGGACUCGCGACUCUCGGGAGGUUCCACUCAGAGCGAUAUGCCCCGAAUGCGCAAGAAGAAGCGCGGCUUGAUGGGAAAACUGCGCAGUCUCAGCUUGACCAGAAGCAAGGGCAGCGAAAGUGACUUCUCGAUCCAGGGAUCCGACUCGGAUCUGAGCAUGGCGGGUGAUAUUCGUUCCAGCAAGACCAACCUCAAGGGCAAACUGUCGGGGAUGUUCCGGCGGGCGGGUUCGUCGUCCCGGGCCGGAAGCAGCGAAGCGCUAGACCGAGAAAUUCAACGCCCGGUUGCGAUCCAAACCAUGGGCAACGGGCCAACAGGACAACCGCCGGUGCCGCGGCCGGUUUCUGCCAGCAAUCCGCAUUUAGCAAGACAAGCCGGCAAACCUCCCACGCCCUCGAUGGUCCCGACCCAGAGAAGAAGAGUGGUCAUCGCCGGAUCUGGCCAGCCCGGAGCGCCCAGUUCGGUGGCGCCAAAGUAGCGUGUUUAUUUAUAAAGACCGAUUCUAGCCAAAAUAAUCCGUUACUUUUUAGAGAAAGAGAGCAGCUCAGUGCACCAAGUUUUAGUUGUUAUUUGUAAAAGAAACUGUUGUUAAAGGAUGAAAAUGCAAUAAAAUUUUCAAAAA